UUCGGUCUAUGUAUGAUAUGCCAGGAUCAGGAGGCAAAUAUCGCGAUCGUAGAUUGCGGACAUUUGGCCAUGUGCUGUACCUGCUCGGAACUAGUGCUCGCAUUGUCACAGAGGCUGUCGCGCAUGCACAAUGGCUGUGAUGUGGAUCACCUAUCAUGCCCAGCUCGAUAAGCUGAUCCAUCCACACGCCGCUUGAGAUCGGUCCUUUCUAGGUCGAUUUUUACAGCAGAGUCGAAUAGCCGUUUAUUUCAUGGACUUGCCGUCAAAUCGUGCAAGGUACGAGUGUGUGAGCAAUUAGUGCUGAGCAUUGAACUCUCGAUCGUG